UCUUGAUUGCACUGCAUCAUUAACCACUGUUGAUAAUAUUCCUGUUGGGUAUUAUGGACAAAAUCAUAACCAUCAACCCGACACUAUUGGCCUUGCUGCUGAUGCAUCUGUAGUUAACCUCAAGAAAAGGUGUAGAGAUGAAAUCACUCCAGUACCAUCACUAUAUGAUGAGGAACUUGGACUAUCGAGAAAUAGGGAUUUUGAUGAUGAUGUCAAGACUUUGAUAGAGAUUUGGAGCAUAUCAGUGAAUCCUCCAUCAUUUUUGGAGAUGGUACAUUCUACUCAUGCCCUGGACUAUUCUACCAGUUAUAUACUUUACACGGCCAGGUACAACACACAGUGUUUCCAUUUAUAUACGGUCUAUUACCAAACAAGACUCAGCAAACAUAUAAUACUUUCUUUAGUGCCAUUAGCCAGCUUUUGACCGACAGAAAUAUUCAGUUGACAGCUCAUUCCGUUUUAUUUGACUUUGAAGUUGCAGCAAAGAAUGCCUUUAGGGCUGUGUUUCCAGCAGUUUCUGUCAAGUGAUGUUUUUUCACUAUACACAGUGUGUUUGGAGGAAAACACAGUCUUGUGGUCUUGCUACCAGAUAUAGCAAUGGUGAUGAUGUAAAGACACUUGUACGUAGAGCAGCAGUGCUUCCUUUGGUACCAGUGGGUCGGGUUGAGGACGUUUGGUUCAACGCACUUGAGGAUAGUGAGGACCAUACUCCAGAGAUGACCAGAUUUAAAGAUUAUAUAACAGAAACAUGGGUCGAAAGCCAUGACAAGGCGACAUGGAAUCAUUUUGAAAAUGCUGGGCCAAGGACUACAAACCACGUCGAAGGAUGGCAUAGUAAAGUGAACCGUCUCUGUAGUAGUGCCCAUCCAAACAUCUAUAGCAUUAUUAAACUAAUCAAAUCCAUUCAGGCAACAAAUGAGUCUAAGAUCAUCCAGCUGGAAGCAGGAGCAAGACCAAGGAGGGAAAAGGCCAAGUAUCAGCGCAUUGAUGCUAGAUUGCGCAUCCUGAAGGACAGGUUCAGGAAUGGUGAACUUGACGUUUAUGCAUAUGCUGACGCAGCAUCUCACUGAAUUCAUCUGAAUGAGUAAACCCUAACUAUAUAUUCAAGGAGACGAAUUAAUAUAAGCUUUAUACUGUUUAAACCAACUACAUAUUCGAAUGGAAAAUGUGAACUGUAUAAUCUAACCUGUAAUAUAAACAUUUUGCUAUCUUAUUUAUAUA